AUGGGCAGACAACUUACAAUAGCCAUUCUAGCCAUAACAGUGGUUGCUCUGCUCCACUCCACAGCAGCACAGCAAACCCAUGUGGUUGGAGAUAAAUUUGGAUGGCUGGUCCCUCCCGGAGGUGCCUACGCUUAUGAAGCCUGGGCUGAAACGCAAACAUUCGCCGUCGGUGACAUUCUUGUGUUCAACUUCACGAACGGUGACCAAGACGUAGCCAGGGUCACAAAGGAAGCCUUCAAGACGUGCAAUUCAACAAACCCCCUCACACUUAAAACAACUAGUCCGGCCAAUUUCACUUUGGAUACCAUUGGAGAGUACUAUUUCAUUGGCACCAAGGACAAGCACUGCGGGUUGGGACAAAAGCUAGCCAUCAACGUGACUGCAGAACAUGGAUCCCCUACUCCAAGCCCUGCACCUAAACCCAGUCCUGCACCCAGAGGCGCCGUGACUUACGUCGUUGGUGAUCAUUUCGGAUGGAUUGUCCCUCCAGGCGGUGAACUUGCUUAUGCUACAUGGGCUUAUGGCAAGACUUUCUAUGUGGGAGACACUCUAGAGUUCAACUUCACAACCGGAGAACAAGAUGUAGCCAGGGUGACCAAGGAGGCUUUUGAAUCCUGCAAUAUUUCAGACACCAAUGCCACAGUUCAGACAACUGGCCCGGCCUAUUUCAAGUUGGAGACUGUUGGACAGUACUAUUUCAUUGGCACCAAGGACAAGCGCUGUGAAUUGGGACAAAAGCUAGCCAUCAACGUGACUGCUAAUCCUGGACCAAACCCUAGCCCUUCAGUCCCAGCUCCUGCCCCAACCCCCAGAGGACCAGUCACCUACACCGUUGGUGAAAAGUUGGGUUGGAUUGUCCCAGGCAGCGGAUAUGCUUAUGCCACUUGGGCUUAUGGCAAAACCUUCAUCGUGGGAGACACUCUAGUUUUCAACUUUGUGAAUGACACACAAGAUGUAGCUGUGGUGACCAAGUCAGCUUAUGAAAACUGCACAACCAACAAUACGAUUGCUGUUUAUUCAAAGAGUCCAGUAAGCAUCCUUCUCAACACCAGUGGUGAGCAUUUCUUCACCUCCACCUACGAUCGCCACUGCGUCUUGGGACAAAAACUAGCCAUUAACGUGACAGCCAGUAGCACAGCCACCUCCCCCUCUGGUUCCGUAGCACCUUCCUCACCUACUUCCUCUACUGGUGGCCCGGGCUCUGCUCCUGCUCCAGUCAGCUCUGCCCCUUCCAAGAUUGGCAGCGGACACUUCACCUUCGUGCUCAUUUCCAUGGCAGCGUUCUUCUAUUAUUGA